UAUGGCAUACUUGUGGUAUAAAGCUUGAAAGUUUCCUUCAGUAGCCACAGUCGGCAAAUAUGCAUUCAUCGGCUCUUCUCGUCUUGGCUCUUUUCGGUCUCGCAUCGGCGGCCCCCUGGCGCUGCUACACAACUCGGAACGGCGACACCGUCUGCAUCUGUAAGCAGCGCGAGCCGUGCAUCCCCCAGCCAACCAUCUGCAUCCCGCCGCUCGCCCCGCCCUGCGCGGGCCCCGCUUGCAUCUACACCCCGCAAUGCAUCCCACCAUGUCCGCAACCCGAGCCUUGCCCUGAACCCAAACCUUGCUAUUACAUUCCGCCAUGCCCGGAACCAUGUCCAGAACCGUGCCAGGAACCAUUACCCCAAAACCCUUGUUAUUACCCGUAUAUACCUCCGUGUCCGGAACCCUGUCCGGAACCGGAACCGAAGCCUUGUUAUUCAACGUAUUCGAUGUAUUGAGUCGUCCGCAAUUCCCUCUUAUUAAGUCUAUCAAGUUAAUUACUUUUGACUUAUUUUGAUUUUGGUCGAAAUUUAUUUGGGUUAUAAUAAAAUAAAAUUAAUUAAGUCAAACUGUA